AUGGAGGGAGCUUGGAAAGGCACAGAGUCAUUGACCAGAAGACUAUUGGUCAGACAGAAAAUCCUUAACACCGCUCUAGCCCUUAAAAACUGGAAUAGGAAUGUUUUUGGUUUUUGUCAAUCUAGAGUUUUGGACCUCAAAGAUAAACUCCAACGGAUACAAAGAAUUAAUCCAACUGAUGAUAACUUGCUUGAAGAGCAGAGUUUACAAUGGGAACUAGAUGAGUGGAGAAAAAGAUUAGAGCUUCUGUGGCGACAAAAAUCAAGAGAAUUGUGGAUCAAUGUAGGUGACAGAAACACCAAAUUCUUCCAUGCCUCGACAGUUGCAAAUAGGAAGAAAAUUUUUAUACCUGCCCUGAGAGAUAGUAAUGGAACCUGGAAAACAACUAGGAGCGAAGUGGGAAAUCUGCUAGUAGAAGAGUUCAUAAAGUUGUUUAAGGCAGACCAUUUAAGGAGAAGUGAGAGGAUGGGAGAGUUUAUCCAAAGUUGUAUUACUUAUGAAGAUAAUAGAUCUUUAAAAGCCAUCCCUUCAGAAGCUGAAAUCUGGAACGUGGUGAAAGGGAUGCAUCCUACUAAAUCUCCUGGGCCCGAUGGAAUGUCUGCAGUAUUCUCCUAA